GGAAUGUGGCCUGGCUGGCUGGUUAGGAUCUAGGAUCGAGGAGGAGCUUUGGGGCAGGGCGGGGCAGUGGCAGGCUGAGGCAAGGGCUCCUGCUCCCUGAACUCUCUGCUACUGAACAGCAAGUCCCUGCCAUCCUUCAGGCUGUGCAGCCAUGUUCUGGGGGCUCUGACCCCACGGAAGUCCAUGGGGAGCCCCAGACUGGCAGCCCUGCUCCCGCCUCUCCUGCUGCUCAUUGGCCUCUCUGCCUCCUCUGGGAUUGGCUGCCCCUAUCUUCUGCACUGGAGCACCCACUGUCUGCUGGCCUCCCACAUGGAAGACGCACUCACUGGAAGGUCUGCUCAUAUUCCUUGCCAUACCCAGUUGGCCCUUCCUGUGUCUCUAAAGUCCUGGUGUGCUCAGCUCUGGCUCCCCGCCUGCUAUUUGCACCUGCAUCUGAUGUCAAAUCCUUCAGACCUCCAGGGGGGCUGGAUCCACUUCCUGGUGCAGAAAUACAAAAAGUCAUACAAGUUCCGGUUCUGUAGGAGACACAAGAUGCCAGCAUCUGCUCAGAGGAAGCUGCUGAAUAGCUGUUGCCUGUCUGAGAAGGGUCAUCACAUUGCUGUCCCCUUCCCAGACAUCUCUCACAAGGGAUCACGCUCUAAAAGGACCCAACCUUCAUAUGCAAAGGCAAUGGAAGGUCUCCCCAGACCCAGCUCACAAAGCCAUGGAGGGCCCGAGUUCUCCUUUGAAUUGUUGCCUGAGGCACGGGCUAUUCGAGUGACCAUUCCCCCGGGACCUGAGGUCAGCGUGCGUCUUUGUCACCAGUGGGCACUAGAAUGCGAGGAGCUGAGCAGUCCCUUCGAGGCCCAGAAAAUUGUGUCUGGGGGCCAUGCUGUAGACCUGCCUUAUGAAUUCUUUCUGCCGUGUCUGUGCAUAGAGGCAUCCUACCUGCAAGAGGACACUGUGAGGUGCAAAAAAUGCCCCUUCCAGAACUGGCCUGAAGCCUAUGGCUCGGACUUCUGGAAGUCAGUGCACUUUACUGACUACAGCCAGCACAGUCAGAUGGUCAUGGCUCUAACACUCCGCUGCCCACUGAAGCUGGAGGCCUCCCUCUGCCAGAGGCAGGGCUGGCAUACCCUCUGUGAAGACCUCCCCAAUGCCACGGCUCGAGAGUCACAGGGGUGGUAUGUUUUGGAGGGAGUAGACUUGCACCCCCAGCUCUGCUUCAAGUUCUCUUUUGGAAAUAGCAGCCACGUUGAAUGCCCCCACGGGACUGCCCCAUCCUGGAAUGUGAGCAUGGAUACCCAGGCCCAGCAGCUGGUCCUUCACUUCUCCUCGAGGAUGCACGCCACCUUCAGUGCUGCCUGGAGCCAUCCAGGCUUGGGGCAGGACAGCUUGGUGCCCCCUGUGUAUAGCAUUAGCCAGACUCAGGGGUCAAGCCCAGUGACGCUAGACCUUAUCAUUCCCUUCCUGAAGCCAGGGAGCUGUGUCCUGGUGUGGAGGUCAGAUGUUCAGUUUUCCUGGAAGCAUCUUUUGUGUCCGGAUGUCUCUCAUAGACACCUGGGGCUCUUGAUCCUGGCACUGCUGGCACUCACCACCCUCUCGGGCAUUGUUCUGGUCCUCACUCGCCGGCGCCCACUGUCAGGCCCGAGCCACGCGCGGCCGGUGUUGCUGCUGCACGCGGCGGAGUCAGAGGCGCAGCUGCGCCUGGUGGGAGCACUGGCUGAACUGCUUCGGGCAGCGCUGGGCGGCGGGUGCGACGUGAUCGUGGACCUGUGGGAGGCUACGCGCGUAGCGCGCGUGGGCCCGCUGCCGUGGCUGUGGGCGGCGCGGGCGCGCGUGGCGCAGGAGCAGGGCACCGUGCUGCUGCUGUGGAGCAGUGCCGACCCCAGUCUGGCCGGUGGUCCGGAUUCCGGCGCAGCGCCCCUGCGCGCCCUGCUCCGCGCGGCCCCGCGCCCGCUGCUGCUGCUCGCUUACUUCAGUCGCCUCUGCGCCAAGGGCGACAUUCCCCCGCCACUGCGCGCCCUGCCACGCUACCGCCUGCUGCGCGACCUGCCGCGGCUGCUGCAGGCGUUAGAUGCGCUACCUUCCACCGAAGCCGCCAGCUGGGGCCGCCUCGGGGCUCGUCCGUGCCUGCAGGGUCGCCUGGAGCUGUGCCGACGGCUGGAACGGGAGGCCGCCAAAUUUUGCCAACUGAGGCUGAGCAGAGACAGGCGUAGGGGUACUGGCUGGAACCCCUGAAUGAGCCUUCUACCCUUGAAUCUUUGGGGUGCCACCUCGGGACUACUGGCCAAAAAUCCUUACGCUGUCUGCCAACCUGGGAGCAGAGCACCUCCCUCACUGUCCCAGCCCCUUCCCCACGUGUGCCUGGCUUCUUCCUUAGGAUUACCCUUUCAGAACCAGCAGGGAGAGUUGGUCUUUACUGAGGGCUCCACCGACCCCAGUCCUGUGGGGGUGGGGGAAUCUUCCCACUUCUCUUCAAAAUUCCGGAAAGAAUAUUUUGCACAUGAACCAGUCCAGGCUGGAGAGGUUGUGGGACAGGGGUAGAGGAGGCAGGAGCUAUGGCAGUUCUGAGCGAGGGGUGACUUCAGGGGGUGGGAGAAAACCCCUUUCUGAGCCAGGAUACUGCUUUCCCAGACUGGAGCCCAGCCCAGAGGAGGAUGGAGGGAGAGAGAGAGCCUGAUCAGGGAAAGAGGUUUCAGCCUUGAGUGGCCAGGACACAGGUGUGACUAAGAUCAAGAAAAAUAAAUAAAGGUGAAUAUAAUGGAUAAGCUAAGAGACACAAUGUGCUUCUCUACUGUGCUCAGGAUGCUGAGUUGGAGGGAGGGUCAGCACAGCCCUGCCUGGGGGUUGUUAUGCAUCAGUUUGUGGGCCCAAACCCUGCGUGUCCACACCUACAACCACAUAUUUCACAUUCUCACAAGCAAUGCCUCUGAAAAGGCAAAGGAGGACCUGGAAAUUCUCACUGUGAACAGGUUCAGGAAGGUCCAUUUGUCAUGUAGCCAGCCCAUGACAACAGCACAAAUGGGGCCCCCUGUCUGCCUGGCUCUGAGUUCCUUUCCUCCAUACCACACUUGAGCAGAGGCCAGGAAGUGGUGAAAAGCCCACUUUCUGGUGCUCUUUGUCCCUGCCUUUAGAGCUCCUGUCCCACAAAGGGUCACUUAGUCCCAGGGAGUACGUGAGAAGGGACCUGGAGUGCCCAGUAUGAGGAGAUUCAAUAGGCACCAAAAUCCCAGAUUCACGUGGCAAGUGGAAAUGCCCUAAGAUUGCCCAGGCCCUCUUCCUUAGGGACUCCCAGGGUGAGUAAGAGCUCCCUUACUCAGCUGUGACUCUUCAGGGGCCCCUCCCAGCUAGGUGUCA